AUGGAGAGUGAAACUAUACUCCCAAGAUCCAGCAGGCAAGGCGACCUACAGCAACAUCAGUCUUCAUCUGACGGGAGUACUGGCUUUCGUUGUUGCCUCUUUUGGGCAUUUUGUCGAACACAUGUAUUGCACAGGACAGGACAUGGGGCCGGAACUUGGGCGUCGAGAGUGUGCUCAAGGCCGAGAUGGAGAGGGGAGCGCGCCGAGGAAGGAGACGAGCGGGUGCUGGGCCGCGGCUUUGGCGGUAGCCCUGGGUGGUGGAUGGCGGAGACCAUGGUGCAUGACGGCGAGUCGGCGACCACGGAGCUGGCUGCUGCGGAGAUCAUGCAAGCAAGCCACCGGGUCUGGCAUGAGGCCGAGCGUCGUCGUGUACGGAUUCGCCGUCGUCGACAGGAGGGCCAGCUGUAUAGGAGAAUCAAUGAGCGUGAGCGUGGUCGAGAUGUUCGGGAUAGUGCUAGAGCUGGACUGCCGGAGGCCUCGGGACUGAUGGCUCGAUCAAGAGGCGCAUGGGAGGUCCCAGUUCCACUUGAGUUGCAGCGUCCUGUAGGACACGUGGUAGAAUAA